ACAAUCUGUCCGCCGCCAUUUUCCUUGUUGUAGGUGCAUCAAAUGUCAUAAUAAUUUAGUUUUUUCGAUAUUACAAAUUUUCAUUUACGUUUUCCUUUAAAUGCUAUAUUUUAUUAUACUAUAUUACUUUUUUUUAAUAUAUAUCGCUUACAUCUGUACUUUUCACGAUUAAAUUAUUAAUUCCGUCGUAGUGUUUUGUGUGAGGUCGUCAUUUCAAGGAUCCUUCAUGUUCUUCAAAGAGUAUCGUCUUUAAAAGGUAGCGAGUGAUCCACGCCCACAUCGAUGCAUCUUGGGAUGAGAAACGAGUGACGCGAGUCUGUAUUUGUGCUGAGUAAUGAAAACUUAGUGUAGGUAUUGUGUUACGAAUUUAAAGUGAGUGUUAAUGGGACAAUGAAUGAGUCCCCAGGCGUGGAGUGGCUGCCGGCGUACAGCCCUGGCCCGCCACGCCACAGCCCGCUGGGGCCAAUACCGAGAUUCCUGUACGAAGAUGUGCAGCCAUUGGCCCUACAACAGGAAAAUAACAACAAGGAGACUGAUCAGAAAGAGAACACGAAUAAAAUCAAACAUGCCAAACCAGCUUACAGCUACGCCAGCAUGAUCCGGCUGGCGAUCAGCAGUUCACCAAAUGGCAAGAUGACACUGAACGAGAUUUACAACUACAUCUGUAAUGCAUUCCCGUACUAUAAAGAAGUUGGCAAGGGAUGGAUGAACUCAAUAAGACACAACCUGUCUCUGAACAAAUGCUUCAUGAAGGUGGCGCGGAGUAAGGACGACCCGGGCAAGGGCUCGUACUGGGCCAUCGACACCAGCUACAAGAUGGCUGAGGUGACUCCGCGCCGACGCAGGAGUCUCAGGAUGGCGCCUUACAGCCCGGAGUGCAGUUCAAACAGCAGCGGUGAAGCGGGCGGCGGCGGCGCGCUGCCAUCAGCAGACGCGGCGCCGACGCCGCCGGCCACGCCGACCACGCCGACCGCACCAGCCACGCCUUCGGCGCCCACCACGCCAAUAACACUGCUCGAGCCGCACACCAUCAAAGAGGAACCGGGCAUUAAGGACGAGUUGGAUUCAAAACAUACAGAAGAUGCACUAACAGCACUAAUGAAUGAAGAGUUAAUGACCGACGUGGACAUCAGCACUGAGCGGCUGUGGAGCGACGGCGGGCGGCGCCACGUGUGCCACGCGGCGCUGACGGACGACUACGGCAACUUCGUGGUGCAGCGCCUGCACCACUGCGACUGCCCGCCCGCCGGCGGCGCCGCGCCGGUCACGCCGGCCGCGCCGCCCGCGCCCCACGCGCCGCUGUCCUACUGGCCCUCCGAGAUUUUAUAACACCGGAGCGCCGACAUCGUAAGGCCUGGCUAGCUCGACAGCUUGUAUGUGUAGGCGGUGCUUGUUGGGUGUUAGUGGUGAUUCUGUCAUGAUAUGAUCAUGAGAAGCCUAUUUUGAAACCUCGCGAAAACUGGUUUUAGAAUAACAUUUAAAAAAAAUCAUCUUAGGCAUUGGAGACGUAAGAUUAUUUGUAAUCAUGAUUCCAUUAUGA